AUGCUCCUGAAAGAUCGGCACCGUGUUCCCGGUGAUCGGCACCACGUAGUCCGCCGCCAUCGCCUUGGGGCGGGGCGGCUUGUUGUCCUCGUCACCCCCGCGCUAUUUGUCUGCUGGAGCGGCAAGCCACAAAAGCGCGGCGAGGACGACGAGUGGCUGUUACUUCGACAGGCUGGCUACGGCAGCAGCAAGGACUUCCAGUUCGGGUGGCAAGCCUUUCCUAUCGGGCCUCGACGCAGCCCGGACUUCCCACAGGUGACCCUGUGCGUCGACCCGUCACCCGAGGAGAGGCGCGGCGUGGUCUUGGUUGGAGCCGUGAACAAGAAGGUUGACUUGAAGAGCACGAGGAAGAAGGGCGGAGCAGAUGGUUCGCAGGCCUGCAUCACAGCUAGGCAGCUAGGCACCGGCAGCACUUCUUAUGCAUGCGCUCAAGACGGCGCCGACACUGGUUUUAUUUGCUCAUCAAGCGUUCUUCUCAGAGCAGCGGAAUCGCGCUUGAACUAUGGCAAAGCUAUCAGCAACUACGAAUCUUGCCAAGUGCCUUGGGCCGAAGUCGUUGCGAGGAGGCAGAUCUACAACAGCACCUACAGGAUGGUCUCGAAUCCGCAUCACUUCCUGGAACUCCAGAACCAGGCCCGGGACGCUUUUGCCCUGAUGUCACGAGUCCUCACAGAGGGCCGGCUCCUGCGCCGAUUUGUGGAGAAGGCUUUGAUAGCCGUCGAAGCCAGCAGGCUGCGGAACAGCUCGGCGCCCUCGGCAUCCUCGAGCCGCACUCUGUGCCGGGAAUAUUUCUCGCCCGAAUCUAUGAUGGUGGUGCGGAAGGUUCUCCAGGAAUCUGCGACGGAGAUCUUGAAGUCGCUGUCAAAGCAGAUCGAUCGUUCUCGGGAUUUGCUACGCCUGACGCAGCUGAUCAUCAAGACCCAUGCGCCAGGUGCUGUCGCAGGUGCGCAGUCAGCCGACAUGAUCUCAGAGGCCUGGACCGGCAUUGUGCAGCAGUUCGCGGCCGUCUUGCAGAGCUUCGAGCUGCCGGCGAAGGACCCUUCCCACCAGCUUCUUCUGCUGCACCGGAAGUUGUUGAAGCAGGGCCUCUUGCUGGAAGACGGCAUUCAUUCCGGCUGGGAGAUUGAUGUGCGUCGGCCCAUCCCCACUGAGCUUCAGGACGUCAACGCACAGCUGCCAAGUCAGGUCCUGGCUUGCAAGCGAGACAAGGGAGCUGCUGCCUAUGAGGUCUUGCAGCCUUCGGAUGCAGCGACCUCCAAGUUGCCAGAUCGUGCCUUCUGUUUCUGUGCUGCAGCCGUGAGCUCGGAUGGCACGGUGAACAAGAGGUGUCGGCACAAGAUGGAAGUAUGCAGCCGCGGCUCUGACACACCCAUUGAUCUUUGGUCUCCUCUGAACAAGGCCAUCUUCCUUCCCAAGCUGCACAUUUGGAACAAGCGCUUGCAGAGUCUGCAGACAGAGAAGUUCUGUGGCGAUGGGCGCGUGGACGCAUGGGAAGCUUGUGAUGAUGGCAAUCAGGCCAGCAGUGAUGGCUGCCGCGCCGACUGCCGCGCCAUUGACCCUGGCUUUACGUGUGCGAAAGCAGGGGAAUCCUGCAUCACGACAUGCGGAGAUGGGAUCGUCGCUGGCCAGGAGCAGUGCGACGACGGUGGCACGGAGUCUGGGGACGGCUGCUCUGCGACAUGCAUGGUCGAGAUAUUCUGCUCCCGCAAGGAAGGCUUUCAGAAGUUCCGGAGGCCUUCGGGUUUCAAUCAUACGAUCCUGGUCAAUGCCUUGGACUUGGAACAUGGUGUCCUGCACAGUCCCAAGCCUGGGACGGCCCUGCGUGCUGCAGUACCUAUUCUGGAAGCCUCGGCUCCCUGCACUGGCUUUGCAUGCCCUGCAGGCUGCCAGCAGAAGCCAUGGCCAGAGGCCCAUCUGUGCCUAGGUCCGACCUGCAAGAAGGACGAUACCCAGCGAUGCUGUCAGUGUGGGGACUCCACCGACAAGGCCGCAAAGACUUUUGAAGAGGAGCCGUGCUUCUCCUUUGACACGUCCGCGACCGGAACCACUCCAACGGUGGACGAGGUGCUGAAGCAAUGCCGAGGUGAGCGCCACUAUGUCUUCGCCGUCGUGCAAGGGAGCGCGGUCAAGAUCCGCCAUGACGUGCAGCUGCCCAGGACGGACUCGUUCGAGAAGGCGCUGACUGUCAAGGACGAGCUGCACGUGACGCCUGUGUCUCAGAAGGUCCAAGGCCUCGCUUUCAAGACCAAGAAGACGGAGAACGGUGCGCUCGUCGGAUUCUACUGUGCGGGCUCUGAGAAGGAUUGCCAGCUUUGGCAGGUUGCCCUUGGCUCUUCCUCUGCUGAUGGCUUCAUGGCGUCCCAGCUUGGUGGGGCUCAUGUGAAGCAAAGCGACACCGCAGGCAUGACCUUCGUCAUCUAUAAAGUCCGCAAUGCUGAGAAGCUGUGGGUUUGUGGCUCGAGCCCAAAGACUGCAAGCUGUGGGGACGGCGAAAUCUCCGGAUCUGAAGAGUGCGACGUCGGCGACGACACCAUGGUAGGCUGCAACUCCAGCUGCCAAGUGGAAGUCGGAUUUGGCUGCACCACCCGUCCAAGCAAGCAGUGCGUGGCACUUUGCGGUGAUGGCCUCGCCCGACAGGACGAGGUCUGCGACGAUGGCACCAACUUCAGAUGGGCGGGUUGCACAAACGACUGCAAGUUCCACACGCGGCUCAGCUACAUUCCCUUCCAGGCCAGCUGCACGGGUGAGGAGACCAAGGAGCUCACGCGCCAUGCUUUGCAGGACGCAAGCAAGCCCGCCUGUCAGGCCGCGUGUACUGCCACAGAAGCUUGUGCAGCCUACGAGUGGUACGCUUCUGGCUUCAAGGGUAACAACUGCCACCACCUCCGUGGCCCAGUUCCCACGUCUUUGGGCAACGGGCCCCGGACCGGUGAGUGCUACGUGAAGGCCCGGUACCAGUUCCUGAAAGACGGAAUGCAGGAUCUGGGCGGUGACAUCGGGACUUUCAGCCAACAGAUCAGGGAGAAGUGUGAAGCGCAUGGCUUGGAGCCCGUCUCUAUCACCUCCGAGAAGGAGCUGGACGAGGUCUACAGCUUUGUGAACGCGACUCACGUCAAUCUCAAUCAGAACCGAGGCGUUCCAAUUGCCUGGGCCAUUGACCACGACCUCAAAAACAGCUACUUCGACCUCUCCAAUGCUUCAAACGAGUUGGACGCGGUUUUCGCUGCUGCCUACACGAGCGGCUCUUGGCAGAGCAACGACUGGGUGGCCAACGCCCAGCAAGCGGAGAUCGCCGGCUUCGGCUUUGGCGACGCCAAGUCCAAGAAGAAAGCCGGCCUCCACGAUUGGCCAGCUUCGCUUCAUCCCUCGGGCAUCGUCUGCGAGAAGCUCAACCUCCCAUCCGCCAUCGAGGUCGGAGUUCGACUGGCGGGCGAGAAGCGCAAUCGCGGCAGGGUCGAGGUCUACCACCACCAUCGCUGGGGCACCGUCUGCAAUGACAAUGAAGGAUUCACCGACAAGAGCGCGGAUGUUGUUUGCCGUCAACUUGGCUUCCCUGGUGGUACGGUCGCGAAGGGUAACUUUGCUGGAAGUGGCACCAUCUGGAUGGCUGGCACGGCAUGCACUGGUAAAGAAGAUUCUCUCGAGGCAUGCAAGUUUGAAGGCUGGGGCAAGCACAGUUGCCAGCAUGACCAAGACGUCGGCGUGGAGUGCCAGGUGCCAGUUCGACUGGCAGGUGGCAAUGAAACCCGCGGACGAGUGGAGGUGUAUCACGAGCAUAAGUGGGGCACGGUCUGUGACAAUGCAUUCAGCGAGCUCGAUGCGCAAGUUGUUUGCCGUGAGCUUGGACUCUACGGUGGCCACGCAAUCUUAGGAUUCGGCAAAGGAACCGGCCCUGUCUGGAUGGAUGGGCUUGACUGCUUUGGCACGGAGGAGCUCUUGGAUGCGUGCUCGUUUGCAGGAUGGGGCAAGACCACCUGCAGCCAUAAGCAAGACGCCGGAGUGCAGUGUCAAGCCGAGGCAGUCCAGGAUGGAGAGGGUUCCCGAUCGUAUGGAGCAGUGGAGAUACGUGGCAACGUCUACCACAAGUUCUGGUGGUACGAAGCAGGCACAGAGUGGCCGGAGGGCAAGACCGACGUGCUGGGCGACAAGUUUGGAUCCUGCCAAGCCACCGACCCGGUUUGCUUCCAACGGCUGCCCAAGGAUAUGAAAGGUGGGCAGCUGUUGGCCAUCGAUGGGUUGGGAAAUCGAAGGAUUUGGAAGUUCAACGAUGACAGAGUGAGUCACGCCGCCUUCGCAGCAUUGCGGGAUGGUAACACCACAGACGGCCUCGAGGGGCAUUCUUGGAAUCCUCGAGCGCUGACGGGCAACGCGACGAAAGAGAAGCAGCAACACUUCAUGUAUCACCAGCAAGGUGAGACGAAGUCCCUCCUGCUGGACCAUGAUGGCAGCGGCUGCAAAUCCACCUUGUACAUGGGGCCGGCAAAAGAGAGCGCCAGGUGCUCUGUUGGGGUGGACCAUGGCCUCACGCUCUACUACCUGAACGGAGCUGGCCUUGUCUGCAUCUCCACUCCCACGCAUUCUUGGGAGUCGCGCACAGCGGGCUAUCUGAAGCUCCAAGGUGGGAACUCAUCGGCCUAUCGCCCCUUCCUGUCAGCCGAUGAGAUCUCAGCGGAGAUCAUGUUCAAGUUCGACGAAAAGCCUAACCUUGACCAUGCAGUGCUCAUGGGCACGGCCGAGAGGAAAGAAGCUCCUACACAAAACAGCUUUCAAGUCACCGUGCGCUCACACUGGUGCGAGCUGAAUCUUAAAGUCGCGGGUCCCGGGCAUUGGAAGCAGUUUGGGAGCCACAACCCGUCGAAGGACGCCGUGUGUGAUGGCAAAUGGCAUCACCUCGCAGUCGUCAUCAAGCGAAGCAAAGGAAAAGCCUGCAUGUACAUCGACGGCAGAAACUACUUCGGGGACUGCCUGUCCAUCAACAUGCAAGGGGCAGGUGACACUGAAUUCAACUCGGACUUUUAUGUGGGCACCGGCAAUAAGCGUGACGGCCGUUGGAGACAGAAAGCUCACUUCGGUCGCCUGCUGUUCUGGACAAGAGCCCUGCAAAAAGAGGAGACUGGUCCGGAUGCUCUGGAGACGUGUUUCCAGGCCGACUUGUCCAGAUUGGUCGCCAGAUACGAUUUCAGCCAGGACUUCGCGGACUCUCUGGGGAAGAAUUGGGGUUUCGUCAACACGAAGGGGGGAUUUUCGAACGAUCUCUACGACACCUCCAAGUUGUGCAGACAGUGCAUACAUGGGGGCAAAGGCAGCAGCAAUGCGGUCGCGCGACGGUCGGCCGCCGUCUCAGCUGAGGCGCCGGACCUCGCGACCUACGGAUCCAUAGAGCUUGCCGAGAGGGUCUACAACAAGUUCUGGUGGUUCACAAAGGGCUCCUCCUGGCCUCACGGAAAGACGGACGUCUUCGGCGACAGCUUCGGAGCGUGCAACACAUGGGACCCUGUGUGUUUCCAGAAACUGCCAUCACAGGCCAAAGAAGCAGGUACGCGGCUGCUGGCAAUUGACAGCGUCGGCAACGAGUUCGAGUGGAUCUUCGACGAAUCGAACAAGGUCGCUCACGCGGCGUUCGAGGCAAUGGCGAACGGGGUGACGACCAGGACGGCGUCGGGUGCGAACUGGAACCCCGAAGUGCACGGUGGCAAGGCAAGCACCGGCUCGAAUCAAAAUCACGCGAUGUACCGCGAUCAGGACGGAAUCCGCUCCUUCAUGCUGGAUAACGAUGGAUGCGGCUGCCACUCGACCUUGAGCAUGGGCCACGCUAUGUGUGGCGGCGGGUGCGAUGAGCGUUACGGCAAUUGCAGGAUCACGGGGGGCGUGGGCAAGCUGUCUGACCACCAUGAGACUGGCACCGAGGGCUCUGGCAGCCAUUGCACAGGACCAGCUACAGACUUUGGCUUGACGCUGUACUUCCACUUCCAAGACCCUGCUGUGAAGAAGGGGCCAAUCAUCGCCCAGACUGCCAACUAUUGGACCGGCUCCGGCCCACUUGUCUUCCAGCCAAAGAAUGCCCUCUUCUUUAAGGAUUUGCUCGUGGGGGACAUGACUUGGGAGAUCAAGAUGGAAAUUCCGAGCCAAGGCAUGCAUCAUUGGCCAAACAUCUUCACCUGCUUCACCGGCAGCAAUGAGCAUCCGCGGGCAGCUGCUUUUCAACUGUGGAUGAAUGCGCAUGGUCAUUUGCUGGCCUUCCGCAGCCACGAUCCUGGGGAAAAGAGACUGGAAACUGCGAUCUGGCAUAACCCGCGCUUCGUGGGCUCUGGCAUGCGCCACAUUGCCUUCGUGUACCGCAGGGAGCAGCGAAAGCUUUACUUUUACGUCGACGGCGUGGAAAAGAUGAAGGUGAAAACCUCUGACCGGUGGGGAACCACGGUGGAGGAGUUUGGGAACGUCAUCAUCGGGGCAAAAGUGAACGAUGUGACGAGGAUCCGCAUCAAGACUUCCCAGCUUGGCUUUUGGAGCCGGGCACUCUCCACUGACGAACUGCUGGCGCGAAGUCGUGGCUCCUGCGUGGAUGGAACGGGCCUCAAAGCCAUAUAUCCUCUGGAUGGGACCUUCGAGGACGUCUCAGGUGCUUCCGGACCGCUUGCUGCCGAGCCUGGAUCCAAUUCCGGAUGGGCCAAAUUCGGGGAGCCAGAGAAGUUCUGCAUCGAGGGAACCGCAUCCCAGGGCACGAAGAAGAGCUUCAAGGCGGCAAGUCUCCGCGGCGACUACGUGGCGAGCACCUUUGCCUCCGGGGACCCGGCUGACUACGACUCUCCAGGCGGCCUUGGAAGGUGGACCAUCAAGGCAUCGAGCAGCCACACUCCAGGGAAAGGAACCGAGAAGAUGAUGCAGUACACAACACGAAGCCACGGCGUAAGAACAGCGAACUGCUUCAUCACUCCGAACGCGAAAGGUGCGUUGGACUUGCCGGCCGUUGGCACAAGCACGGGUGUGGUCAUUACUCCAGCGAACAGUAAUGGGAAAGCCGAUGACAACUCACUAGCUCUGCAUCCGGGUAACCACCGCGACGACCAAUACCUUCAUGUGAAGUUCAAAGCGACGCCCCCAGUGAAUGUGGCUGGCUAUGUCAAGGAGCUGGGUUCGCAUUGCGGAGGAAUCGAUGUGUGGAUGUUUAGCGGCUCGACGCUAGUCACCUCCAAGAGCGCCCUCAACAGUGGCACGCCCUUUACCUUCCCAGCCACCGCCGUUGCAGCCGGCUCUGAACUCACGAUAUCCAUUGGACCGAACGGAGGUUUCUCUUGUGAUCACUCCUCACUCUCACUCACAAUCACAGAGAGCACUGAGAGCAGCGAGCCUGCGGCUUGCUGCCGCAAGCCAGCCCGCUGGCCCCAUGUGGCCGGUGGUGUCACGUGCAACGACUGCAUGGCCCUUGUGUUGACGGGUCCGUUUGGUGGCCGUUGCGACAGGUACUGCGAAAGCUUUGGCCAUGUCUGUGUCGCUGCAGCGGAGGAAAAGAGUAAUGACUGUGAGAUCAAAUACACCACGCCAUGCGAUCAACCCAUCACGGGUACUUCAGACAUGCUGUGCAAGUGUGUCGAAAAGGACGCGCCACCCUCUUGUAGAAAGAGUCUGGAAUGA